AUGGCAGCUUUCUAUCCAGAAACGGGCAUUACUCAUCUUUGCCUGGACGAUGAAGAGGAUCAAGCCACCCUCCUAAAAGAGAGCUCAUGGGAUUCGCUCAACGCCUUCCUGGAGAGAGAAGGUCCAGAAGCCGUACUGAAGCAAGAAGCACAAGCUCUCUGUCGGCUUGACCCUAACAAUGAGGCGCUGGCGAAGAAAUUGAAGCACUUGUCUGAUAACGCGAGCAAGUUUAAGAAAAUCCGAGAAAUCUUUGGAGAGGGUGGCAGAUACCACCCCAACCAGAUUAUCGGGAAGCGAUGUCUUCCUCCGCAAGGGCUUUGCCAAAUGGAGCCCAUGUACAAGCUUGCCUGCAAGAUAUCCGACCUUCAAUGCUUGCAAAAUCAGGGCAAACUUGGCAUGGAUCCAUUUGACUUUAUCAGAUGGCGAGUGAUCAAGAAGGCAGCGAGCAUGCUCGUCAUGCCCGGCGACACACCAAAGAGCUUUCUUCGGUCAAUCGUCUACAGGCUCGGUGAUGAUACCAACGAUCUCAAGGGAAAGGGAUACGAGGAUACCGUCAUGCGGCAGGCGGCUCUUCUUUCGGCUCGCGAAAGGCACCUCCUCAACAGCUAUGGUCCCAAGAAGAAGUUUAUCGGGAGCGUUGGCCGGCAGACGCAUCUGCCCUUCAGGCCCGCCAUCCGGAACGUCCAAAGACAGACGCCGAGACUAUCGAGUGCAGAUGUGCGUAACAGCGCUCCUAAGGCGUCGACAGCGCAGGCUAGACGGAAGGAAGCGCAGCGAGCACAGCGAGCUCGGCGCAAUGCAGUGCCCUCCGUUUAUAACGGCGUCAACGACUACCGAGCGAGGCAGCAACAACGACAAAGACAGCAAGCUCAGCAACGCGAGAACGAGUAA